GUAUCUUCUCUCACUUGACUCGCGUGAACGCGCAGCGCUGUCGUACUCGCGCAGAGGAGGAGAGGGCGCGCGCAUGCUCGUGCACGAGGCGGAAUGAACGCUAAUGUGGAAGAUGGCGUCGGAGGGAGGUGGGAAGGAGUCGAACGAAAUUAAAACUCAGUUCAGCACACGGGAGGGCGUUUAUAAACUUCUGCCGAACUCCGAGUACAGCCGACCGAACCGCGUGUCGUUCAACUCGCAGGGCUCGAACCCGGUGAAAGUCUCGUUCGUGAACGUGAACGACCAAUCCGGUAACGGCGAGAGAAUCUGUUUCAAUGUGGGCCGGGAGCUUUACUUUUACAUUUAUAAAGGCGUCAGGAAGGCCGCUGACUUGAGCAAACCUGUAGACAAGCGGAUGUAUAAGGGAACACUUCCCACGUGUCACGACUCUAACGUGCUGACCGCCACAGCGGAGAGCGUCUCGCUGCUCGUGGGCUUCUCUACAGGGCAAGUACAGCUCAUUGACCCCAUCAAAAAGGAAACCAGCAAACUUUUUAAUGAAGAUAGACUAAUUGAGAAGUCCCUGGUGACGUGUUUAAAGUGGGUCCCGGGUUCAGAGCAACUGUUCCUGGUGUCUCACAGCAGCGGAUGUUUGUACCUGUACAAUGUGGAGCACACCUGUGGAACGACUCCGCCGCAUUACCAGCUCCUGAAGCAGGGCGAGAGCUACGCCGUUCACACCAACAAGAGCAAAGCGGCCCGCAAUCCUCUCCUCCGCUGGACGGUGGGCGAAGGCGCGGUCAACGAGUUUGCCUUCUCGCCCGACGGGAAGUUUCUGGCGUGCGCCGGUCAGGACGGCUUCCUGCGGGUGUUUUGCUUCGACACGGCAGAACUGCAAGGCAGCAUGAAGAGCUACUUCGGCGGGCUCCUGUGCGUUUGCUGGAGCCCCGACGGACGGUACAUAGUGACCGGUGGGGAAGACGACCUCGUGACGGUCUGGUCGUUUUCGGACUCCCGGGUUAUCGCUCGCGGACGAGGGCACAAGUCGUGGGUGAGCGUCGUGGCGUUCGAUCAUUGCAUCACCAGCGUUCAAGACUGCGAGGAAUUCUGCGCGAGCGACGAAGACUUCCAGGACCAGGUGCAAGUUAACGGAAGUCGCGAACGAGCAAAUAGCGCGCAAUCUAGACUAUCCAAUAGGAACUCUACGGAUGGACGCGGCGUUAGCGUGACGUACCGGUUUGGCUCGGUCGGUCAGGACACCCAGUUAUGCUUAUGGGACCUUACAGAAGACAUCCUGUUUCCGUUAUCCAGAACCAGGACUCUUACGAACGCAAUGAGCGGGGAAACCGGAACUAUUUCUAACGGAAACAAUAGCAUGAAUUCUCCUUUACCGCGGUCGAAUAGUUUGCCACACUCGUCAGGCAGCAGCCCGAGCGGCAAACCCGCCAACAGCAUCGUAGAAAGCGUCAACAAGUUCGCAACGUUAGCGUUGCACGAAAUGCGUAAGGAGCCGACUCAGGAAAAGGAGCACAAACGCAAUCACAGCAUAAGCUACAUCAGCAACAAGAGCAGCGACAAGCUCAACCAGAUCAUCGGCGCGCGAGCGGCUAAAACGCAGGCCGCUAAGACGCUAGGAACGAGCUGGUGUCCGCGCAUGGAGGAAAUCCCGCUGCUCGAGCCGCUGGUUUGUAAGAAAAUCUCCCAGGAGAGACUCACUGUGCUGAUCUUCCUCGAGGACUGUCUGGUCACCGCCUGUCAGGAGGGAUUCGUUUGCACCUGGGCACGACCUGGAAAAGCGGGCCUGUUGUUGUCCCAAAACCCAGCCAACUCUCCCAGCGGGACGGUCGUAUAACCGGAAUCUAAAAUCAGCAAAAAAUAUGUAUUUUGCAUAAACAAAUUAAGCCAUUAAAUUUUAUGCAUUAUUUUCAAUUAAACAUGUUUUCAGCCAAACUCUUAAUUACUGUGAUGCAAUAAAUUGUGAAGUACGACCGAAAGUACCAUGAGUUUAAUUAAAAGCUGAAUAACUGGAUGGUUUUCACUACUGUAUUACGUGAAUGUUUUUCACGUUUCAAGAAGCUGUUGUCAUAAAUACAAUGAAAACGAAUGUUUAUUUGGGGGGGAAAUAUUUUGUCCUCGGCAGGUUUUGAGAAUCAUUUGCACUAAAUAAUUAGGAUCAUGUUUGGAGUCAUAAAAGACUCCCUGUAAAUGUAACUUGUGAGCAUUUAUUUUAAUGUUGUUUCAAAGGAAACCGAUCAUUGUACAAUGUGUAAAUAUUGUAAAUUACAGAUUUAUGACCGAAUAAUCACACAAAAUAGAAAACAGUUGUAUUUCUAAUGAAGAGGAGUAUAUAUAUGUAUAAAUUGAUCUUAAAUAAGCCUAUGUUUGACUCGUGUUUCAUUAUCAGAUGGUUUGAACAUAAUGACUUUGUGCAGUUUUUUAUAUAAUUUGGUGUUAAAGAUUGUAAAUGUCUCCGGGAUCCAAUCCUUGCUUUCUUGUAAUCAGCAGGUUUUAUAUUAGAUUGUAUAAUUUCACAUUUUUAAGCAAGAACAGAACAGUCCACAAACAUUUAGUUCCAGUAAAAAUGCAUUGCACUUUUUUUUUUUUCAUUCAUUUCUGCAUCAUAAACUUCGGAUGCAUUCACAUCUUCAAAUCUGGUUCCGCCUCUCAUUUGCAUUCUGAUUAAUUACUAAUUAAAUACUAAUUGGCACUGAACUAGUAUAUGCAUGGUGAGUAAUUCGUCUUGUUAUGAGUCUUAAAGGUCAAAUUUAGACAACCAGGGGUGCGUUCUCCAAAAGCAUCGUCAUUUCCAAUUGAACUCUAUUGGGAACAACAGAACUUGCGGCCAUAUUGGUUUAGGAAAAUGCACUCCAAGUAGAUAUUUCCCUCUGAAAGUGCCUAAAAUCCUCUUGUGGAAGCCUAUAAUCAGGAUCAGAAGGGACUUAUUGACUGUUAGAGCGUUCUCUUGAACUGAAAAUCUGCAGAAGAGAUUCAAACGUGGUAAAAGUGUUAAACAGAGCUAUUCGAAUUAUUCAAUUAAGUCAAAAUAUUUAAUGCAAAAGGGCAAGGGUGUAAAACAUGGACACCAUUUCUUUUAUUAUUUAAAGGGAUAGUACACAAAAGAAGGUAUGUUGAAGAAUGUUUCAGCCUGUUCAGUUACAGCCAAUGGGGUCCAAAACAACCGGCACCCAUUGACUUUCAUUGCAGACAAAAAAAAAAUUGUUAAGGCAAUUAAUUAUUUAUUUUAUUUUUUUCACUGAAGACAUUUUUUUUGGUUCGCAUGGUUCAUGACAAACCGAGAAUAAAAUAUAUCAAAUUAUAUACUAUUUUGAAUUAGAUUUUAUUUUUAUUUUGUAAUUUAGUUGU